AUGAGAGCCUACGCUGUUGCUCUUUCUCUUCUUGUGCUUAUUGCUGCGGCUUUGGCUGCUCCCCAGUUCGGCUUCGGAAUGGGUGGACGUGGAGGAUUUGGACGCGGUGGCUUCAACCAGGGCUUCAACCGUGGAGGCAUGAUGGGACGUGGUGGCUUCAACAACGGCUUCAACCGCGGAGGCAUGGGCAUGGGCGGCCGUGGAGGAUUCAACGGCGGAUUCAACCGAUUCGGC